AUGUCCUUCCCACCACCUCCUCCCCCUGGAUGGGGUCCUCCGCCGCCGCCUCCUCCUCCUCCAUCAUCUUCGCUUCCUCCGCCGCCUGCUGCACCAGCUCCCCCGCCGCCGGGUUAUCGCCCCCCGACCGAUCCCCAGAUCGCCAAGUUCGCCCAAAAGAAGAAGGAAUGGCUCCGCAGCCAGCGCAAUCGGUUUGGCGAGAAGCGCAAGGGUGGGUUUGUUGAGACACAGAAGGCCGACAUGCCACCGGAGCAUCUGCGCAAGAUCGUCAAGGAUAUCGGCGAUGUGUCGCAAAAGAAAUACACAAGCGACAAGCGCAGCUACCUGGGUGCGUUGAAGUUCAUGCCCCAUGCUGUCAUGAAGCUUCUCGAAAACAUGCCCAUGCCAUGGGAGUCUGAUCGGAAGGUCAAGGUUCUCUACCACGUCAACGGUUGCUUGACGCUGGUCAACGAGAUUCCAAGAGUCAUUGAGCCCGUCUACUUUGCGCAGUGGGCGAUGAUGUGGACUUUUAUGAGGAAAGAAAAGGCAGACAGACGCCUUUUCAAGCGUAUGCGUUUUCCUCCUUUCGAUGACGAGGAGCCGCCUCUGUCAUGGUCCGAAAAUAUCGAAGACGUUGAGCCCCUAGAACCCAUCCAGAUGGAGCUCAACGAGGAGGAAGAUGCCGCUGUGUACGACUGGUUCUACGACCACAGGCCGCUCAUUGAUACUCCUCAUGUCAAUGGCGAGAGCUACCGUUCAUGGAACCUCAACCUCCAGCAGAUGGCUACCCUCUUCAGAUUGAGUCGGCCCCUCAUUUCUGAUGUGGUGGACAAGAACUAUUUCUAUCUCUUCGACCUAAAGAGUUUCCUCACCGGAAAGGCCCUGAACGUCGCCCUUCCUGGUGGACCUAGGUUCGAGCCUCUUUACAAGGACAUCGACCCGAACGACGAGGACUUCGGCGAGUUCAACGCUAUUGAUCGCAUCAUUUUCCGAAACCCCAUCCGGACCGAGUUCCGUGUGGCUUACCCCUAUCUCUACAACUCGCUUCCCCGGAGUGUUCACCUUGCAUGGCAUUCGCAUCCUCAAGCCGUGUUCGAGAGAUCAGACAACCCCGACCUUCCCGCAUUCCAUUUCGAUAGGAGGAUUCACCCCAUCUCUUCACGGGCGGUAGCGCCAAAGAAUCUGACCGUUAGCCACGAGGACGAGCUGUUCGGCCCUGGCAACAAUGAAGAGCCAGAGGAUGAAGCGUUCGAGCUUCCUGCCGAAUUCGAGCCCUUCCUUGCAGAUGAGGACCUAACCAACGAGGACACCGCAUCAGCCAUUGAGUUGUGGUGGGCUCCGUUCCCAUUCAACCGGCGAUCAGGUCGCAUGGUGCGAGCGCAGGAUGUUCCUCUCAUCAAGCAGUGGUAUCUUGAGCACCCUCCUUCGGACAAGCCUCCAGUCAAGGUCCGCGUCUCUUACCAGAAGCUGCUUAAGAACUAUGUCUUGAACGAGCUUCACAAGAAGAAGCCCAAGUCGCAGCAAAACCAGAACUUGAUGCGUAACCUAAAGCAGACGAAGUUCUUCCAACAAACUGAGAUCGACUGGGUUGAAGCAGGUCUUCAGGUUUGCCGGCAAGGAUUCAACAUGCUCAACCUUCUCAUCCACCGCAAGAACCUUACUUAUCUUCAUCUCGACUACAACUUCAACCUGAAGCCCGUCAAGACCUUGACCACCAAGGAGCGAAAGAAGUCUCGUUUCGGAAACGCAUUCCACCUCAUGCGUGAAAUCCUGCGCCUGACAAAGUUGAUUGUGGAUGCCCAAGUUCAAUAUCGACUUGGCAACAUCGACGCCUUCCAACUUGCUGACGGUAUCCUGUACGCCUUCAACCAUGUCGGACAGCUUACCGGUAUGUACCGUUACAAGUACAAGCUCAUGCAUCAAAUUCGUUCCUGCAAGGAUUUGAAGCACUUGAUCUACUACCGCUUCAACUCGGCGCCUGUUGGCAAGGGUCCUGGCUGCGGUUUCUGGGCUCCCGCGUGGCGAGUCUGGCUUUUCUUCAUGAGAGGCAUCAUCCCCCUGCUCGAGAGAUGGCUUGGUAACCUACUGUCCCGUCAAUUCGAGGGUCGCCACAGCAAGGGUGUUGCGAAGACCGUCACCAAGCAGCGCGUGGAGUCGCAUUUUGAUCUCGAACUACGUGCGUCCGUCAUGGCUGACUUGAUGGAUAUGAUGCCCGAAGGUAUCAAACAAAAUAAGGUUAACACCGUGCUUCAGCACCUGUCCGAGGCGUGGAGAUGCUGGAAGAGUAACAUCCCCUGGAAGGUGCCUGGUCUGCCCGCACCAAUCGAGAACAUCAUUCUGCGUUAUGUCAAGGCUAAGGCUGACUGGUGGAUCUCGGUGGCUCACUACAACCGUGAGCGUAUCCGCCGCGGUGCUACUGUUGACAAGACGGUCGCGAAGAAGAACGUUGGUCGUUUGACUCGACUCUGGCUGAAGGCCGAGCAAGAGAGACAGCACAACCACAUGAAGGAUGGCCCUUACGUUUCCUCCGAGGAGGCCGUGGCGAUUUACACGACCACAGUCCAUUGGCUGGAGUCUCGCAAAUUCUCUCCUAUUCCUUUCCCCUCCGUGUCUUACAAACACGACACCAAGAUCCUUAUUCUUGCAUUGGAGCGUUUGCGAGAGGCAUACUCAGUCAAGGGCCGUCUCAACCAGAGCCAGCGUGAAGAGCUAGCUUUAAUCGAACAGGCUUAUGACAGCCCUGGUACUACGUUGGAGCGAAUCAAGCGCUUCUUGCUCACGCAGCGCGCAUUCAAAGAAGUCGGUAUCGACAUGAACGAUAACUACAGCACCAUCAACCCUGUAUACGAUAUUGAGCCGAUUGAGAAGAUUAGCGAUGCCUACCUCGAUCAGUACCUGUGGUACCAAGCCGACCAGCGUCACCUUUUUCCCGCGUGGAUCAAGCCUUCAGACUCUGAGGUCCCACCACUUUUGACAUACAAGUGGGCACAAGGAAUCAAUAACCUCGACAAGGUCUGGGAGACCGAGAACGGAGAGUGUAACGUCAUGAUUGAGACGGAACUGUCCAAGGUCUACGAGAAGAUAGAGUUGACCCUCCUCAACUCACUUCUUCGAUUGAUCAUGGACCACAACCUCGCGGAUUACAUCACUGCCAAGAACAACGUGCAGUUGACAUACAAAGACAUGAACCACGUCAACAGCUACGGUAUGAUUCGUGGCUUGCAGUUCUCGGCAUUCGUCUUCCAAUACUAUGGCCUUGUCCUCGAUCUUCUUCUCCUCGGCCCUCAGCGAGCCAGCGAGAUUGCAGGCCCCCCUCAAAGCCCCAACGAUUUCCUCCAGUUCCGAGACAAGGAGACCGAGACUAGGCAUCCUAUUCGUCUGUACACUCGUUACAUUGACAAGAUCUGGGUCUUCCUGCGCUUCACUGCGGACGAGUCGCGAGAUCUCAUUCAACGAUUCCUUACGGAGCAGCCUGAUCCUAACUUUGAGAAUGUCAUCGGAUACAAGAGCAAGAAGUGCUGGCCGCGUGACUCUCGCAUGCGUCUCAUGAGACACGACGUCAACCUGGGCAGAGCAGUCUUCUGGGAUCUCAAGAACAGAUUGCCCCGUUCCGUUACAACCAUCGAAUGGGAUGACAGCUUUGCCAGCGUCUACAGCCGCGACAACCCCAACCUGCUGUUCUCUAUGUGCGGCUUUGAAGUCCGCAUUCUGCCCAAGUGCCGAAACCAGAACGACGACUUCUCAGUGAAGGACAGUGUCUGGUCUUUGGUAGAUAACACCACUAAGGAAAGGACGGCUCACGCAUUCCUUCAAGUGACAGAGGAGGACAUCCAAAAGUUCAACAACCGCAUUCGCCAGAUCCUCAUGUCGUCCGGAUCUACCACAUUCACCAAGAUCGCCAACAAAUGGAACACUGCUCUGAUUGCGCUCUUUACAUACUACCGCGAGGCGGCAGUGUCGACCGUCAGCUUGCUUGACACCAUUGUCAAGUGUGAGACGAAAAUCCAGACGAGAGUCAAGAUCGGAUUGAACUCCAAGAUGCCGUCUCGUUUCCCUCCGGCCGUGUUUUACACUCCUAAGGAAUUGGGAGGUCUGGGCAUGAUUUCCGGUUCUCACAUCUUGAUCCCCGCCAGUGACAAGCGGUGGUCGAAGCAGACAGACACCGGUGUUACCCACUACCGCGCCGGUAUGACGCACGACGAGGAGACACUCAUCCCCAACAUCUUCCGUUACAUCAUCCCUUGGGAGGCUGAGUUCAUUGACUCUCAGCGAGUCUGGACAGAGUACUCUCAGAAGCGUAUGGAAGCGAACCAGCAAAACCGUCGUCUGACUCUGGAGGACCUGGAGGACAGUUGGGAUCGCGGUCUCCCUCGUAUCAACACCCUCUUCCAGAAGGACAGGAGUACCCUGAGUUUCGACAAGGGUUUCCGUGCUCGCGCUGAAUUCAAGAUCUAUCAGCUCAUGAAGAACAAUCCAUUCUGGUGGACUAGCCAGAGACACGACGGAAAACUCUGGAAUCUGAAUGCGUACCGUACCGAUGUCAUCCAGGCGCUGGGUGGUGUCGAAACCAUCCUUGAGCACACCUUGUUCAAGGCAACCGGAUUCCCGUCCUGGGAAGGCCUGUUCUGGGAAAAGGCCUCAGGAUUCGAAGAAUCCAUGAAGUUCAAGAAAUUGACCAACGCCCAACGAUCCGGUCUUAACCAGAUUCCGAACCGUCGCUUCACUCUUUGGUGGUCACCUACGAUCAACAGAGCCAACGUUUACGUCGGUUUCCAGGUCCAGCUGGAUCUUACUGGUAUCUUCUUGCACGGCAAGAUCCCUACGCUGAAGAUUUCGCUCAUCCAGAUCUUCCGUGCCCAUUUGUGGCAAAAGAUACACGAGUCCGUGGUCAUGGACUUGUGUCAGGUCUUUGACCAGGAGCUUGAGUCUCUGGGCAUCGAGACGGUUCAGAAAGAGACGAUCCAUCCCAGAAAGUCUUACAAGAUGAACAGUUCUUGUGCCGACAUCCUGCUCUUCGCCAGCCACAAAUGGAACGUCACUCGACCAUCGUUGCUGUUCGACACCAAGGACGUCAUCGAGCCUACCACGACAAACAAGUUCUGGAUCGAUGUUCAGUUGAGAUACGGUGAUUAUGACUCUCACGACAUCGAGAGAUACACCCGUGCGAAGUACCUUGACUACACCACCGACAGUGCCAGUAUCUACCCCUCAGCAACUGGUCUCAUGAUCGGUAUCGAUUUGGCUUACAACCUGUACUCCGCGUACGGCAUGUACUUCCCUGGUCUGAAGGUUCUCGUCCAGCAGGCCAUGGCCAAGAUCAUGAAGGCCAACCCUGCGUUGUACGUCUUGAGAGAGCGUAUCCGCAAGGGUCUGCAGCUUUACGCCUCUGAGAGCAACCAGGAGUUCCUGAACUCUCAGAACUAUUCUGAGCUCUUUAGCAAUCAGACGCAGCUGUUCAUUGACGACACCAACGUCUACCGUGUGACCAUCCACAAGACCUUUGAGGGUAACCUGACUACCAAGCCCAUCAACGGUGCUAUCUUCAUCUUCAACCCCAGGACAGGUCAAUUGUUCCUGAAGAUCAUUCACACUAGUGUCUGGGCCGGUCAGAAGCGUCUUGGACAGUUGGCGAAAUGGAAGACGGCCGAAGAAGUGGCGGCACUCAUUCGGUCUCUGCCCGUGGAAGAACAGCCGAAGCAGCUCAUCGUGACUCGCAAGGGUCUGUUGGAUCCUUUGGAAGUCCAUCUGCUUGACUUUCCCAACAUCUCUAUCAGAGCCUCUGAGCUGCAGCUGCCUUUCCAGGCUGCCAUGAAGGUUGAGAAGCUCGGUGACAUGAUUCUGCGUGCCACUGAGCCACAGAUGGUGCUCUUCAACCUGUACGAUGAGUGGCUGAAGAGCAUCUCGUCGUACACGGCCUUCUCGCGUCUGAUCCUGAUUCUGCGUGCCCUGCACGUCAACCCAGACAAGACGAAGCUUAUCCUUCGCCCGGACAAGACGGUCAUCACCCAGGACCACCACAUUUGGCCAACAUUGUCUGACGAGGACUGGAUCAAGGUUGAAACGCAACUACGUGACCUCAUUCUCAACGACUACGGCAAGAAGAACAACGUCAACGUAUCCAGUCUGACGAGCAGUGAAGUUCGGGACAUCAUCCUGGGUAUGGAGAUCUCUGCACCUUCCAUGCAGCGCCAGCAGGCGGCGGAGAUCGAGAAGCAACAGCAAGAGCAGCAACAGUUGACGGCAGUCACGACCAAGACGCAGAACGUGCACGGAGAGGAGAUCAUUGUCACGACGACGUCGCAGUUUGAGCAGCAGACGUUCGCGUCCAAGACAGAAUGGCGCACCCGUGCCAUUGCCACGUCGAACCUGCGCACCAAGGCCAACAACAUUUACGUCUCCUCCGUUGACAACGACCUUGACGACGUCACCUACGUCAUGCCCAACAACAUCCUCAAGCGGUUCAUCACCAUCUCGGACCUACGCGUCCAAGUCGCCGGCUACCUUUACGGCUCCUCGGCGCCGGACAACGACCAGGUCAAGGAGAUCAAGUGCAUUGUCAUGAUCCCGCAGAUCGGCGGCUUGCGCAACGUGCAGCUGCCGCAGCAGCUCCCGCAGCACGAGUUUCUCGAGGGCAUGGAGCCACUUGGUGUCAUCCACACCGCCUCGGGCUCGGAGCUGCCGUACAUGUCGGCCGCUGAUGUGACGGAGCAUGCGCGGCUCCUCGACGCGCACCAAGAAUGGGACAAGCACAACACCGUUACCGUCAACGUCGCCUUCACGCCUGGCAGCGUCUCCCUGUCGGCCUGGGGUCUGACGCCGCAGGGCUACAAGUGGGGCGCCGAGAACAAGGACACGCAGAGCGACCAACCGCAGGGUUUCACAACGUCCAUGGGCGAGAAGCGCAAGCUGCUGCUCAGCCCGCGGUUCCGUGGCUUCUUCCUCGUGCCUGAGAACAACAUGUGGAACUACAGCUUCAUGGGCUCGGCCUUCGCCGGCAUGGAGAAGAAGUCCAUACACGUGAAGCUCGACACCCCGCUGCCCUUCUACAGCGACCAGCACCGUCCGGUGCACUUCCACAGCUUCGCCGAGCUCGAGGACAUUUGGGUCGAUCGCACCGACAACUUUGCCUAA